UAAUUGACCAAUGGGAGGCGAUGGGGGAUUUUUAAACGGGUGAAGGCGGGCUCAGUCCCAUUCGGGAGGGAAACAAAGACGGAGGAAACAAGCCGCAGGGAGUUUUUUCCAGCGCGAUAGUAAUUAUCUCCUCUGCUUAUAUCCGAGAAAUCUCAUCAGGUUUUCAUCAUGUCUCAGAAACAGAUCUACUACUCCGACAAAUAUGACGACGAGAAAUACGAGUACAGGCAUGUCAUGCUGCCAAAGGACCUCGCCAAGCGUGUGCCCAAGACCCAUCUGAUGUCCGAGACCGAGUGGAGAAACCUGGGAGUCCAGCAGAGCCAAGGAUGGGUGCAUUACAUGAUCCACCAGCCAGAGCCGCACAUCCUGCUGUUUCGGCGCCCCCUGCCUACCUCAAAGUGAGCUUGAGGGAGACUCUUGGGUCCCAAGAAGAUCGGUCCUACUGAUGAAUUUUACAGACCAGCUCAUCAAAAGUAGGCAUUGUGCCCCCAAACUGACAGGCUCUUUUGUGAGUGGAAUGACUUGAAAACCAUUAUGCAUAGCUCCACUGUUGGGCUGAUCAUCUUGGACCUGGAAAGACUUCUCUGCUAUGAGAACAGAGCUGUUGGAAACGGAUAGCUUGAAGGAAAUAUCAUCACACUUCUGUUGGAAUGAGACUUCUUGCAUGUGUUAACUGUGACAUGCCAUCUGCUAGUAAUGUUCAAAUCUGCUUACACUGUCCUUUCAUAUUAAUGUUUUUUAUCUGUAUGUCUUGCUGAGUCUUGUCUGGUCAUUCCAGCUCUUUUUUUAUUUUAGAACAAUGGUGAUAAUGUAAAGAUCUGAGGAGAGAAACUUGCAGAAUAAUGCUAACCCACUGUAUCGUCUUGUCGCGCUCCUGGUCAGAACAAGCCGCACUGAAUAGUUGGAUCCUGAAUUUCACCAAUGGAAGAUUAAAUUAACAAAUGCAGCUUUAAGUGACAUGUCGCUGCUCAGUUUAAAUGACACCGUAACGUGACAUUUAAGUUUUAUCAUGUGCAUGAAAACCUGCAUUUGGAAUGGACUCUCCCACAAACUAAAACCAAUGUUGAUCCCCAUUCCAUGAGUGUUACGAUGGGUUCAGGUUAUCUGGACCCACUCGAGACCUUUUUGCUCUUGUUGAUUGUAUCAGUGAGCUGCUGAAUAUUUAUAAAUCUUAUGCCCUUUCUGAAAUAAACAUUGAAGCCUUUAAAUUUA